CGAAUCACAACGGAGCACCUGCGGAGAACAAUUUCCGCAUGGGGCGACGUGAUGGGCGCUGGGGCAGUAGCGCUGCGGACUCUGAGGUUCUUAAGCAGUGCAACGCCCCUUACAUUCACAUUUAGUGAAGCCCAUCCAUUCCUUCACAUAAUUCACCCCUGGGCUCUUUGAGACCCAAGCGCACAACUCCGCAACUGCCCAUUUCAGCUUCACAAAGCCGCAACAAUGGCCGCUCCUCUCGCUGACCAGCUGGACAUUGUGAUCCCCACUAUCCGGAACCUGGACUUCCUGGAGGAGUGGCGCCCCUUCUUCCAGCCCUACCACCUGAUCAUCGUGCAGGACGGUGACCCGACGAAGAAGAUCGCUGUGCCCGAGGGCUUCAGCUAUGAGCUCUACAACCGCAACGACAUCGAGCGCAUCCUGGGCGACAAGGCUUGGUCCAUCUCGUUCAAGGACUCGGCCUGCCGUUGCUUCGGCUUCAUGGUCUCUAAGAAGAAGUACAUCUACACCAUCGACGAUGACUGCUUCGUGGCCAAGGACCCCUCGGGCAAGCCCAUCAACGUCCUGGAGCAGCACAUCAAGAACCUGCUGUCCCCCUCGACUCCCUUCUUCUUCAACACCCUGUACGACCCCUACCGUGAGGGCACUGACUUCGUGCGCGGCUACCCCUUCAGCCUGCGCGAGGGUGUCACCACGGCCACCUCGCACGGUCUGUGGAUGAACAUCCCCGACUACGACGCCCCCACCCAGAUGGUGAAGCCCAAGGAGCGCAACACCCGCUUCGUGGACGCCGUCAUGACCAUCCCCAAGGGUACGCUGUACCCCAUGUGCGGCAUGAACCUGGCGUUCGACCGUGAGCUCAUCGGUGCCGCUAUGUACUUCGGCCUGAUGGGUGAGGGCCAGCCCAUUGGCCGCUACGACGACAUGUGGGCCGGCUGGUGCACCAAGGUCAUCUGCGACCACCUGGGCGUGGGCUGCAAGACCGGCCUGCCCUACGUGUGGCACAGCAAGGCCUCGAACCCCUUCACCAACCUGCGCAAGGAGUACAAGGGCAUCUUCUGGCAGGAGGAGAUCAUCCCCUUCUUCCAGAACGUGACUCUCAGCAAGACCUGCACCAACGCGGAGGAGUGCUACAUCGAGCUGGCCGACAAGGUCCGCAAGGGCCUGGGCCACAUCGACCCCUACUUCUCCAAGCUGGCGGACGGCAUGAUUGCCUGGAUCGAGGGCUGGCGCAUGCUGAACCCUGCCAAGACUGCGUAAUUGCAGCUUCGCACGUACUCAUUAGGCUAGACAUGGCGGGCGGGCGAGUGAAGUGGUUAUAGAGCUUGGGUGCUAGGCACAUAGAGAGCUGGCAUUGAUCUUGUACUUGUGUGCAUGUUUCACGUGGAGAGGCUGUGACUUUGCUCGGACUCAUUAGGACCAUGACAGGAGUGACUCGGGACAGGCACCGCCAGAGCAUCCCAGGAAGACAGACAGGCUGACCGGACUGCUGACAUUUUUCGCACCAAGUGCGCUAGAUGAACAUGUUAAAGCGGACCCAGCAAUGAGCUGCUGACGCGAGGGCCUCUCAGGCCAUGUAACGGAUAACAAAU